CUCGCAAACCGCUCUGCCUGUCGAGAACUUUUGUCCUAUCAGGCUGCUGCUAGGAUCUAUCAGCUUGUUUCCCAUCCGACUCGAAUCUCCAGAGAUUGCAGGGCUUGCUGUCCGGUUCUCCGGUGUCGAUUUUGUACUCAUAUUAGAGAAAGCACGAGUCCGCGGGGGCUCUCGACCGGCACGAUGGUGAACAUUACAGAGAAGAUCAAGGAGAUUGAAGAUGAGAUGCGCCGGACGCAGAAGAACAAGGCCACAGAGUACCAUCUUGGUCUGUUGAAAGGUAAACUCGCCCGUCUGCGGGCCCAGCUCCUGGAACCCACAGGGGCCUCCGGCGGCGGGGGCACCGGGUUCGACGUCAGCAAGAGCGGCGAUGCGCGGGUCGCGCUCGUCGGCUUCCCCUCCGUCGGUAAAUCCACCUUCCUCAGCAAGAUCACCAAGACCAAGAGCGAGACCGCAGCGUAUGCCUUCACCACGCUCACGGCCAUCCCUGGUGUCCUGGAGUACGGCGGCGCGGAGAUCCAGAUCCUGGAUCUGCCCGGGAUCAUCGAGGGGGCUGCCGAAGGGAAGGGUCGAGGACGGCAGGUCAUCUCCGCGGCGAAGACAAGUGACCUGGUCCUGAUGGUCCUGGACGCCACGAAACGAGCGGAGCAACGAGCCCUGCUCGAGGCGGAAUUGGACGCCGUUGGGAUUCGUCUCAACAAGGAACCGCCGAACAUCUACCUCAAACAGAAGAAGGCCGGCGGGGUGAAGAUCACCUUCCAAACGCCCCCCAAGUACCUGGACGAGAAGAUCAUCUUCAACGUGCUCCGUGACUACAGGAUGCUGAACUGCGAGGUCCUCGUGCGAGACGAAUAUGCGACAAUCGACGACUUCAUCGACGUGAUCAUGAAAGACCACCGCAAAUACAUCAGAUGCCUCUACGUCUACAACAAAAUCGACGGCGUCAGCCUCGACUUCCUCGACCAACUCGCCCGCGAACCCUACACCGCCGUCAUGAGCUGUGAGCUCGACCUCGGCGUCGAGGACGUCGUCGAGCGCAUCUGGAAAGAACUCCGCUUGAUUCGCGUCUACACGAAGCGGAAAGGAGAGGAGCCCGAUUUCUCCGAGGCGCUGAUCGUCCGGCACAAUUCCACCAUCGAGGAUGUCUGUGAUAGUAUCCAUCGCACGCUGAAGGAGACGUUCAAGUAUGCGAUGGUGUGGGGUGCCAGCGCCAGACACAUCCCUCAGCGAGUGGGGUUGGGACAUGUGGUGUCGGAUGAGGACGUGGUUUCGAUCGUGGCGAAAUAAUGACUUUAAUUUCAGAGGUUAGAAAAUAUUAGGUUGUCAGAAACCGCUUGACGGGGAAUUGGCAUUUAAAAAAAGCCGGUUGGGUUGAGACCUGGCAAAAAGACAUCUACAGCUGCGCUACGACUAAUGAAAUCAAGUUUACAAGACACACAAGCAAGGACUAUGCUUAGAAGGAAAAUGUAUUUACUACAUUAAACUCAAAAAUGUAC